AUGGCGUCGACCCGCAUGGUUCUGCGCGCCAGCAGACUGGCAGCCCGCAACAGCGUCCGACCAUUCUCCACAACACAUUCAAGACUCGGACCAGUACCACUCAGCGAACGCGGCAAUGACACCGCCGACGAGUACCGACGAUACAUGAAAGAGAAGCCAUUGAACCCCCACAUGACCAACACCACCUCAACAAUCGCCAACGAGAUGCCGAGCAUUGGCAAAGAUAGCCCACCGCCAGAGUUAAUCUCCAGCGUGGAUCCAAAGUUCACUCCCAAGGACUCAGUUCCCAAGGAGACAAGAAAGAUGACAGGCGGCAAACAGUCCGGCACUCCAAAAUCCGGCCCCAAUGCAGAUCUCCAAGUAGGUGAAAUCGAAGGCAUAGAAUUCAAAGUCGCUCCCCUCCGCCGCACCGGCGAAGACGCAAAUACCAUGCGUGCCCAAUCGGACCUCCUCCUCUCCACCUUUGCCGACGAACAUCUCGCCCACAUGACGCCCAAACAAUUACAACAAUAUGAUAUCUUCCUUGAUGAGAAUGAUUGGGAUAUUUAUUACUGGGCGACGCAAGAGCCGACACCGACUUCGAUGGCUUAUGCGGAAGGCGCAGGUCCUGGGGCGGCAACUCCUGAUGUGCAGGGUAAGGAGGGACCUGUUAAGCCUUCUACUGGCGAGUGGGCGCAGACUGUCGGCACUUUUAAGCCUGCGUACAGACCUGUGCCGCAGAGGUGGAAGAAUAGUGAGAUUCUUUCUAUGUUACGGAAACAUGUUGUCAAUCGGAGUGCUGGGGCACCGGUUCUCGAGCAGAAGGGGAGUGUUGUUCGUGAUAAGAAGGGAGGGGGUUUGGGAUUCAUGCCUGAGCUGAAGAACUUCGAUCAGUAG